AUGUUAGAUGGCUAUUCCCAGGCGGUGCUCGGGGGCUCCGAUCCUGGAGAAUCCCUGCAGUCGCCCCUCGUAUCGGCUUUCGAUCACCGCAAGCAGUCCUUCUGCACCGAUCCCGAGGGCUGGGGUCCCCUCAGUCCGACAGGCUUCCAUCUGACUCCAUGCUUCAUUGACGUGGGCGUGGCUGCGGUCGCCGUGUGGGGGAUGUUGUCCGGCGCUGGCGCGCUGUACCUCUUGCUGAAGAAGCGUAUUCCGCAGCCCGUCUCGAAGAAUUGGCACUUCUACGCCAAGCUGGUUGUUCUCGCCUCGCUGAUCUUUGUCACCGCUCUUCAAGCAGCCCUUCAAGCCGAGACCCAGCCGAAAACUUUCUGGACCGACUUCCGUUUCUGGUCUUCGCUCGCGACUCUCGGCUCUCUGGGUGUGAUCUAUGUGGUGCAAUAUUAUGAACAUUGGCGGAGCCGGCAACCGAACGGCGUCGUCUUGUUCUACUGGCUCUUCUUCAUCAUCGUCUAUGGCAUCAAGCUACAAUCCCUCGUCGUGCGGAAGGAUUACAUCCACCACCUCCCGUAUUUCGUCCUCAUCAAUAUCAGCUUGGGCUUGGCAUUGUUCGAGUUUGUCUUGGAGUACCUCGUUCCGAAAAAGCAGAGCGCCUAUGAUGCGCUGGGUGAUGAAGAUGAAUGUCCGUACAACUAUGCGGAUAUCUUUUCGGUUCUCACCUUCAGCUGGAUGACGCCUUUGAUGAAGUUCGGAUACAAGAACUAUCUGACCCAGGAUGAUUUGUGGAACCUCCGUCGUCGUGACACUACCCGCGUCACGCUCGAUGACCUGAACGAGGCUUGGGAGGAACAACUGCAGACGAGGAAGCCGUCUCUAUGGAUUGCCCUCUUCAAGGCGUUUGGUGGCCCAUACCUCCGUGGUGCCAUUAUCAAGUCGGGUAGUGACACGCUCGCUUUUGUCCAGCCGCAGCUGUUGCGGUAUUUAAUCUCCUUUAUCGAUUCGUACCGGCGCCCUGACCCCCAGCCAGUCAUCCGAGGUGUGGCAAUUGCGCUGGCAAUGUUCCUUGUCUCGGUCGUCCAGACCAGCUGUCUCCACCAAUACUUCCAGCGAGCCUUCGACACUGGCAUGCGGGUGAAGUCGUCUUUGACUGCCCUCAUUUAUUCCAAGGCGUUGCGGUUGUCGAGUGAGGGUCGUAUGUCUAAGACCACUGGUGAUAUUGUAAAUCACAUGGCUGUCGAUCAACAGCGACUGUCUGAUUUGACCCAGUUUGGCACACAACUCUUGUCUGCCCCUUUCCAGAUUGUUCUGUGCAUGUUAUCACUCUACCAGCUGGUAGGACCUAGCAUGUUCGCCGGUGUCGGUGUUAUGAUCCUCAUGAUACCUCUGAACGGAGUCAUUGCGCGCAUGAUGAAGAAACUGCAGAUCAUUCAGAUGAAGAACAAGGAUUCAAGGACACGUCUGAUGACUGAGAUUUUGAAUAACAUCAAGAGCAUCAAGCUAUAUGCAUGGAACACAGCUUUCAUGAAUAAGCUUAGCCACAUUCGAAACGAUUUGGAGCUCAACACCCUCCGCAAAAUCGGAGCUACUCAAUCAAUUGCCAACUUCACCUGGCAGUCGACCCCUUUCCUAGUAUCAUGCUCAACAUUCACCGUCUUUGUCUUGACUAGCGACCGUCCUCUGACUACCGAAAUCGUCUUCCCUGCCUUGACUCUUUUCAACCUUCUGACGUUCCCUCUUUCCAUUCUGCCUAUGGUUAUCACCUCUGUCAUCGAGUCUACUGUGGCUGUGCAGCGAUUGAUGGACUACUUCACCUCCGAAGAGUUGCAGACCGAUGCGGUUGUCUUUGAGGACCCCGUGGAACAUACCGGCGACGAGUCUGUUCGCCUUCGUGACGCUUCGUUUACCUGGAACCGCCACGCUGGAACCAAUGUCCUGGAGAAUAUUAACCUGAGUGCUCGCAAGGGUGAACUCAGCUGCAUCGUUGGUCGUGUUGGAGCCGGGAAGUCUUCACUUCUUCAAUCGAUAUUGGGUGAACUUUAUAAAAAUGAGGGUGAGGUCAUCGUCCGUGGUCGUGUCGCGUAUGUCGCGCAAGCACCAUGGGUUAUGAACGCGAGCGUACGGGAGAACAUCGUGUUUGGACACCGAUGGGAUCCAGCCUUCUACGACCUUACUGUUGAGGCCUGUGCCCUGCUGGAUGAUUUCAAGAACCUGCCAGACAGUGACCAAACCGAAGUUGGCGAACGUGGCAUCUCACUCUCCGGAGGACAGAAGGCACGUUUGAACCUUGCCCGUGCAGUGUACGCUCGUGCCGACAUCUACCUGCUUGACGAUGUUCUUUCGGCAGUUGACCAACAUGUCGGACGCCAUAUCAUCAACAAGGUGCUCGGCCCCACUGGUAUUCUCAACGGUAAAACCAGGAUCCUGGCCACCAAUGCUAUCACAAUCCUCAAGGAGGCUAAUUUCAUCGGUCUGAUCCGCGACAAGACUAUCAUUGAGAAGGGCACCUACGAGCAGCUCAUGGCCAUGAAGGGUGAGAUUUCCAACCUUGUCCGGACCAACCUGGUGGAUUCAUCAGAUGACGAUCGUGAUGCCAGCGGCUCUGAGGAUGGCCUUGCGAGCCCUGAGAGCUCCGAUGAGACUACGGUUAUCGCCAAUGAAGAGGACUCGGAUAGCGAAGAUUUGGAACAGCCAGGCUCCCUUGUCCCCAUCAAGAGCGGCCACAAUCCUCAAAGGAAGACCAGUCAUGUCACUCUUCGUCGGGCUAGCACCGCCAGCUGGCAGGGCCCGAGGCGCAAGCUCGGGGACGAGGAAAACAUCCUCAAGUCCAAGCAAACCCAGGAAACAUCUGAGCAGGGUAAGGUUAAAUGGAGUGUCUAUGGCGAAUACGCCAAGGACAGCAACAUUGUGGCAGUUGGUUUCUACUUGUUUGCUCUUCUGGCCGGACAGACCGCCCAGGUGCUCGCUAACUUCUGGCUGAAGAGCUGGACUCAGUACAACGAGGAACACGGCAGCAACGAGAACGUCGGCAAGUUCAUUGGUAUCUACCUCGCAUUUGGUCUGGGAUCAUCGCUUCUGGUCAUCUUCCAGAACUUGAUUCUGUGGAUUUUCUGCUCGAUCGAGGCCUCCCGAAAGCUUCACGAGCGAAUGGCUUUUGCAAUCUUCCGCUCUCCUAUGAACUUCUUCGAGACUACUCCUUCGGGUCGUAUUCUCAACCGAUUCUCUAGCGACAUCUACCGUGUAGAUGAGGUUCUUGCCCGCACAUUCAACAUGCUCUUCGCCAACUCUGCUCGUGCGAUUUUUACGAUGGUCGUUAUUGCGUCGUCGACCCCAGCCUUCCUGCUGUUCGUCGUCCCGUUGGCCUAUGUUUAUCUUAGCUACCAGAAGUACUACUUGCGAACCUCGCGUGAGCUCAAGCGCCUGGACAGUGUUACUCGGAGUCCUAUCUACGCUCAUUUCCAGGAAUCUCUGGGUGGUAUCUCCACCAUCCGCGCCUACCGACAGCAGGAACGAUUUGCUCUCGAGAACGAGUGGCGUAUGGAUGCCAACUUGCGAGCUUACUUCCCCUCUAUCAGCGCUAACCGCUGGCUCGCUGUACGACUUGAAUUCCUUGGUUCGAUCAUUAUUCUGGCCUCUGCAGGUCUUGCCAUCGCCUCUGUUGCCGCCGGCACCCGUCUUGCGCCAGGCAUGGUCGGUCUGGCUAUGUCUUAUGCUCUCCAGAUCACGCAGUCUUUGAAUUGGAUCGUCCGUCAGACCGUCGAAGUUGAGACAAACAUUGUAUCCGUUGAGCGUGUUCUCGAGUACGCCAAUCUUCCUAGCGAGGCGCCCGAGGUUAUCUUCAAGCGUCGUCCUGCUAUCGGUUGGCCUGCUCAGGGUGCUGUUUCUUUCAAGAACUACAGCACUCGUUACCGUGAGGGUCUUGACUUGGUGCUGAAGGACAUUGACCUUGACAUCAAGCCUCACGAGAAGAUUGGCGUCGUUGGCCGGACGGGUGCCGGAAAGAGUUCUCUUACACUGGCUCUCUUCCGAAUCAUCGAGCCUGCCAAUGGUACCAUUAGCAUUGACGAUCUCGAUGUCUCUUCCAUUGGCCUGUUUGAUCUUCGUGGUCGCCUCGCCAUCAUUCCCCAGGACCCUGCCAUGUUCGAAGGCACCCUGCGCGACAACUUGGAUCCCCGCCAUGUUCAUGAUGAUACCGAGCUUUGGAGCGUGCUAGACCAUGCGAAAUUGAAGGAGCAUGUCUCCCAGAUGGAAGGCCAACUCGAUACAGAGAUCCAGGAAGGAGGAUCCAAUUUGAGUCAAGGACAGCGCCAGCUGGUCUCUCUCGCCCGGGCCUUGUUGACGCCCAGCAACAUCCUUGUUCUGGACGAGGCAACCGCCGCGGUUGACGUGGAGACGGAUGCGUUGCUCCAGCGCACUCUGCGCAGCAGCAUCUUCCAAGAUCGAACGAUCAUUACGAUCGCGCACCGGAUCAACACGAUCAUCGACUCGGAUCGAAUCGUUGUUCUAGAAAAGGGCCGUGUGGCGGAAUUCGACACGCCAGCCGAGCUGAUCAAGCAACGCGGUCGCUUCUACGAGCUUGCCAAGGAGGCAGGCUUGAUUGACGGCGACGGCCUCGCCAGUUCACAAAUCUAG